GGAGAGAGGGUGAGUAUCGCGCGAAGUAAACAGACAGACGAGGCGGCGGCGAGCUGAGAGCUGCUGCGCCUCUAUCACCAUGAGUGGGUGGUGCCUCAAGGAGAUCUUCGUCUGCUUCCUGCUGUCAGUCCUCUACGUCGGGAGUCUAUACGUCUGGAAUGCCACUCAGGGAAGAGACCAUCCAUCUACAAUUAAGAAGCGAUGCAUCAGUGUUUUCUUCAUGACAAUAGUGUCACCACUAUUUGUCAUAUGGUUUGGAAAUCAAGACUAUGAUGAGGUUUCAUUAUGGGCUCAGAUGGGCCUGAGGUGGGAAGGCCUUCUCCCGGCAUUGGUUGUGCCUCUUUUCCUUACCUUCAUUCUGUUUUUGGGUCCCCUUGUACAGUCUCAUCUCUCUGUUCCUGUAACAGCUACUCUUCGCAUGUACAUGGAUCCCUUGUACUGGUAUAAUACAGCACAAAAUCCCAUAUGGUGGAGAAAUCAGCUUGUUGCUCCUUUCUCUGAAGAAUUCACAUUUAGGGCCUGCAUGUUACCCAUCCUGCUGCAGUGCCUCACCCCAGGGAAGGCCAUCUUUGUAGCUCCUCUGUUCUUUGGUGUUGCUCACCUCCACCAUGCCGUGGAUCGCCUGCAUGCUGGGAUCACCCUGCCAGCCGUCAUCCUCAUAUCCAGUUUCCAGUUUUUGUAUACAUCAGUAUUUGGUUUCUAUUCAGCAUUUCUCUUUAUCAGAACAGGGCACUUUCUUCCUCUAUUUGCUGUUCAUGCAUUUUGCAACCACAUUGGUGUUCCUGAAGUGAAGGAAAUGCUGAAGGCCCCCGCCCCCCUGCGCACCAAACUGAUGGCCUGUCAUGUGCUGGGUUUGGUUGCCUGGUACUUCUUGCUUUAUCCGCUCACUGAACCCUCCCUCUACAGCAAUGCUGCAUUAGCAUUGUGAAGGAAGCCUUAAAGUACAGUAGUAACCAAACAUUUUUAUGGUAGAAUUGUAGACAUUUUGUGCAGAAUUGUUACAUACAAUUUAAAGUUUUAGUAGUUCAGAGAUGUUGCUUCCUGUUCGUAGGAUGUUUGAUCUUUUAUUCUUGAAUAGUGACAUGACAUUUAAAUCAUGGUUCUUGUUCAUUUAAUUUGUGUAUUUAUUUAUGUAUUCAUUUGUUUUUAUCAUCUUGUAAAUUGUUCAUACAUGGUCACUCAUCCCUUUGGAACUCAUCCACCAUCUAUGUUCCCCCAGUGUCUUUUAUUGCUCAACUGUGCUAUCUUCCUGUAAUAUAUCAACAACAUUAACUUUGAACACAUUGCAUAUAUAUUUUUUUUUUAUAUUGCUUAUAUAAAGUAAAUGGGGGAGUUUAUAAGAAAACAAAUUCUGUAACCGUCUAUCAGUAUCUGAUGCCUUUUCCAAAGAAUUCCUCCAUGACAGAAGUCUCCUGUCAUAUCUGUCCUUGCAUUUCUUCCUUGCAAGUUCCAAUCUCCUCACUCUCUUGUCCCUCCCCUUUCUCUCACAUGCCCCUGCAUUCUUUCCUCUUAUUUCAUUGGAGGUCAUUCUUUUGCACCAGCUGCAUUUAUCAUAUAUAUAUAUAUAUAUAUAUAUAUAUAUAUAUAUAUAUAUAUAUAUAUAUAUAUAUAUAUAUAUAUAUAUAUAUAUAUAUAUAUAUAUAUAUAUAUAAAAACACACACACACACACACACACACACACACACACACACACACACACACACACACACACACACACACACACACACACACACACACACACACACACACACACACACACACACACACACACACACACACACUAGAGCCCCUGCAUCCAUGAACUUUAGCAUCUAACAACUAACUGCUGGGAAAAUUUAUUUAAAUGUGAAGUAUAAGCUCACACAUGAAUUGCUUGCAUGCAUAAUUCUGUCACUGCACACCAGGCAACUUCUCAACCCUGUUAGCACCAUAUUAAAGGCAGCAUUACUUGGGGCAUUUCUUGGGCAAACAUAACUUUUGUCAUUACAAGGGCUCUCACGUUGCAGGUAACACAUACAUGAUGAUGAAUGUGUCACAUCUGCACAGACCAGUUAAAAGAUUUAUUAUCAUAAAGCUAUUAAAUUCAUAUUUUUUCAUCAUCAAGAUGUUUCUGUAUUCUGCCACACAUGCACAGUAAUUGGCACUGGCUUUGAUAGUGGCUCAUGGCUUAGUGGCAUAGUAGUGUUUUCUAAACAUAAACAACACAGAAUUCAAUUUAGCAUGAGAUAAAAGAUCUGCCAUUUCUGCUUUUACAUGUAAUAAACAUCACACUGCAUUAGACCUCAGAGGUGUCCAGACAAACUAGGGAUUUAUGCCAGUUUAGAACAUUAUGGGCAAAAUUACUAUGACUGCCCUCCCCUUUACUAGACUUAUCUACAGUUAACUGAGCUCAGUGUCAGUCACCACUCCUCCACAAAAAAACAUUUAUAAGCAAAUCAAUGCUGCAUGCUUCACUACUUGGAGGACAGGAAAAAUAAAAUAAAUAAAUAAAGGAUUGAAGAAGUCCCCAGGCCAACACCAGCCUUGGGUAAAAGUUUUUAUUUAUUUGUUUUAUUUUUCUUUCUUUCUUUCUUUAUUUUUUUUUUACACAAAAGAUAGCAUAAGGUUUUGUGGGAAAUAUUAACCUUCAUCAUCUUUGGAAGAGACCAAUCACUCACCACUUAUUUAUGUAUUAAAUAUGGUACAUGAACCAUUCAUUAACUUUAGUUAAACAUAAGGGGUCAUUUAACCAAAUAGUUGUGACUGUUGGGGCUCUAGUGUACUCUAUUGUUCAUCUCACGUUGUGCCAUUCUUUCCUUGUAUCCAAACCACCUUAGAAUUCUGUGUUUGAUCCCCUCCACCUUUCCACAUUUCAUUCUUUCACCAUUGCUUGACACACCAAAUCUGUUAGACCUGCUUUCACUACUUUCACCAUCCAUUACUUGCAAAUCACAGACUCCAGGAACUCCUUUCAACUUGAUCAUUGUCUUUCAUUCAACACUCGAGUCUUUUCUGCAUAUGGUAUGCAUAAUUUCUCUUUAGCUCUUACUUAACAUAUUAUACAGCCAAGAAGUGGGAUCAUAGGGAACAUUAAGAAAAAAAUGCCAUCCAACUUGCAGUUUAUCAGAUGAGGUGUAUAGAACCAAAGGGACAUUGGUGCCAAAAACAUGAUUUUGAGUUAUUGCCAUUUACCAUUUAUCUUAUGGUAGAUCCAUAAAAAACUAGCACAAUAGUGGCAUGGUGACUUCUCUCAUGCCCUCUGUUCACUAUUUGGCAGAGCCUUGGGGUGGUAUAGCCAUGCUAUGUGCUGACUGGGAGGGCAUGCUGAGUUAAGAUGCACCUCUGCCUCUCAAAUUUAGGAGUUGGUUAAACAUUCACACUUAAAAAUAAAGCACAUGACUUUAGCUCCUCUAUUUACUCACUAGAUGGGUGAAUAUUGUACUGCUCACACUAUAAUCAUGCAGAGGAGGGAUAUCAUCCUAUGCCUUUCAUGAUUCAGGGUCAACUCAAAACUGGUAAACUGGUGCAGAUGUCCCAUGGGCUUUAGAUACCUCAGACAUAUGCUGAGAUAAAAACAAUCUCAGGCAUUCAGGAGGAGUCAUUUAAAUGAUGUAUAAUUUCUAGCAGUGUCUUAACAAUCUUCCAUGUGUAUACUUUUUUCUCUUUUUUCAUCCUAUACUAACACAAACAUACAUAAUGUGACAUGGCAAGAAUCAUUCUAAUAGAAUAGAUAAUAUUUUCAAAUAUCGUUUGGUAUUGUUAUUGAUAUGAAAUGUUGAUACCUUUAUGAAAUUUGUUCAAAUGUUAUGGUGCUUUACUGUGGUUGGUGAGCUGACAAGAUUAUCAAGUAGUGAUGGUGAGGAAGGAUAGUUUUAGGAACCUCACAUAUGAUAAUGUGAAAGCAAAAAUCCAAACCCAUUUUCACUAAGAAGAAAGACAGCAAACUAUUUAAAGAUUAUAAAUUUGAUAUGAAUGACUUCAGGGUUAAUGUAUUUUCAUGUCAGCUUUUUGUUACAUGUUUUUCCUAACCUGUUGUCUGUUUUACGAGAGCAAUCAUAACCUUUACAAUCAUAGUUAUAGUGAUGAGAGAUUUUUCAACAUUAUCUGUUUAACACCUCUGUGAUGUGUCAACCAUUUCUUAUUUCAUACAAGGUUCCCAAUACAUACAGUAAUCUCUCAUUUUAAUGGAGUCUCAGUUCCAUAGCAGGUCUGUUAUAUCCAGAAGUCUGUUGCAUAAAGUAAAAUUCAGUGUUCAUGAGCUAUAUACUGCAUAUCUUUCUAUAAUUUAUUUCUGGAAAAAAAACAAGAAAAAUCUACACACUUUGCCAGUAGAGUCUUUUUAACCACUGUUUAUUGAUAUUAACUAAGUGAGAUGAGAUGGGAGUGUGAGUAUGUCUAGUCACCAUGGGCCAAUUUUGUUUACACGUGAUUUCAUUGUUACUUCCCCUUUUGUGUUUCUUCUGUUCUGACAUAUCUGUGUUGUAUGUACUACCAUUUUAUUCAAUAUGGCUAUCAUGUCAGUAUGAUUUCUUUUACUUCCCCUAGGAGGCACUUAAUCUGAUUUGAUUGUCAAAGUUAUAACUUGGUGCAGAUGUGCUUGUAUUGUACCAGUAAAGUCUAUUUUUAUUAUUAGUUAUCUAUCAUGACAUGGGCCAUUCUGAGUUGUCCAUUAUAUAAUGGUAUGUGAUAAUGAGAGAUUACUGUACUCUGUUGAUGUGCGCACACACACACACACACACACACACACACACACACACACACACACACACACACACACACACACACACACACACACACACACACACACACACACACACUGACACACACACACACCACACACUGACACACACACACACACACACACACACACACACACACACACACACACACACACACACACACACGAGCAUAUCUCCCUUCCCGUACAUUACAACUAGGUAAAUACACACUCAGACACACACACACACACACACACACACACACACAUGAGGGCAAGUGAUGUAGUGGUCAUCAUGCUUGGCUUAUGAUUGAAAAGUGUAGUAUUUGAAUUCACGAGAGUUUAGGUUUCUCUCUUUCAUGCUGUAGUUUGUUUUUCCAGCAGAGAAUAGGUAUGGAAGUAUGUUAAGGGAUUGUGACCACAUUCACACAAAACCAACAACCUUGCUCUCUUAUAUGUGAAUGUGAUCAGAAGGCAACUGAUAAAAUCAAUGUUCAAAGCAACAAAUUUUGUACUGGUGAGAUUUAUUUACUUGUACAAGCUGCUUCAUCAGGGCAUGUGCAGUACAGGUGUAGUAGUUGGCCCAGGUAUCAUUUUAGUUCACAAUACGGGUUGUCUUUGUACUUAUCUUUCUUCCAUCCAGUUGUGUUAUGAAUGCUGUAAUUAUUGUGCUCUAUAUAAAUUUAUCAGUAGC